AUGGUCUUGCGCCACUCAAGCCCACCCCGACGGUUAGAUAUCGCCAUACGACGCGUCGACGGACAACCGUUGACUCGCGUUGAUCUUCAAUACGAUUUCCUCAAAAACGUAUUCAACGACACUACUUGUGUCUUUACAGACCCUUAUUCCGAAAACGCCUCCAGCAAGAUCUGCUUUCGUGACCUAUAUGUCAAAGCCAUCAUCCACUCCACCAAGGCGACCAACGCUCUCAAAGAAAGGCUCGCUGAAUCUCCUCUUUUUGGAACAGAUUUCGCCAUGCUCUCUCUCUUGGUGAAUAUUGGGCGCAUCAACACAACCAUGAGCUUUUUUCCGGAGAUGAAAACGAAUAUCAGAACCUACCAUCCAGUUCCCGCUCUACAGCGAACCAGUGGCAGUCUGCACGACGGCCCCCGCAUCAAACACCUUUUGCAAGCGAGUGUUUUUGGGAUGUUGCCUAUAGAUUUACCCAGGUCGCCUGAAGCCAUUCUUGCUCGACUCAGAUCGAAACUUAGCCCUCCAACAAGUGCCCCACACGUCAUAUCGGUACUAGCCGAUUAUACAUAUCACAUUGGCAAAACGCAUUUUUCAGAACAACUUGACUUUAUUGAUCUAUUCGUUCGUACCGACGUCUCGUCCCUUUCACGAGCACGGGCUUUCCUUUGGGUUUGUUAUAAUUAUUUGGAGAACCUCUCGACCGAUGACGACUAUGACGAAGAAAGCGUUCCCAACCCCUUCGCUGACCAAAGACUGGUCAACGAACCAUCCUUCUGUCUGCUUACCCCGGAGGAGAUCGCGUUGGAGAAUGUCGAUUCAGAAGAGGAGAAAACACUGGCGGAGAAACUGAUUGCACAAAGGGAUCACAUUGUGAAAGCCCAAGCUGCAAAAGAAACGAUUAAGGAGACGAUAGGCGAAGAUGACGAAAUGGUACCUAGCCCGGCGGAAGACAAACUUAAACGCAAGGGAAAAGCUCGCGCAUUUGACUGGGGCACGCGCAUUGCUGCAGCCAAAGAAAGGAAAGCGGCAGCGGACAAACGACGACGAGAAAGAAUCAAGCAGAAGGCGAAAGGCGAGGAAGCGGUUUCCUACCUUGAAAAGUCCAAACCUGGUGACGGCGAUUGCGAUGCCGUCACACCUACCUCCGAACCUCUGCUCAAUGAUCUUCGAGCAAACUCUUACUCUUCGGCGCAGCGCUCGUCAUCAUGUCGACGGAGCCCGGAACCUAGCUUACCCUUCCAUCAUCAAUAUUCGUCGCAUAGUCACGAUGUGAUGCACGGCAAAAUCAUACCACGAGGGGAACCUUACCCGUCCCAUCGCUUACGAAUUAUUCCAGACAGGACAACUCUUCAACAUGCGUGGCAUGUCGUUACAACCAGAGACCCACUUCUGGACUCAGAUGAUGAACACGGCAAUGAGUACGACAGGCGAGAUUACGUCCAGCGACUCAAGAUUGUUUCUCAUCUUUCACACCAACGGUGGUAUGAACACAAGAGUGACUCGUUUCCGGAUAAAUACAGUGAAUGGGAAACGUAA